GUAAAUUAUUCCCUAUAUUAAACUACGGUGAUACAUUACUAUAUCCUAUUCAGUUGAAACUAGACUUUAGCACAGACAUGUCGACUCUACUUAUUAUUCUGUGGCUGAUUUUACCAUUCUAUACGGACUGUAUAGUAUUCCCUAGACAAGAUGAAGGUCCUUUGAUCGCCGUGCUGGAUUUUAAAGCAACAAGAAUAGAUAUCUUUGAUCCAUCUGGUGGAGUCAAUGCUACUGUCAUUGAAGAGAUAAAUUUGAAGGGUGGACGAGGCGGUGGGUCUACUGGUAUAGAUUUUAACUACAGAGGGAAUAUGAUUUAUUGGUCUGAUUUAUUUACAAGGGACGUUUAUAGUUUAAAAACUGGUGGUGGUGAUGAAGAACAGAAGGUUAUAUUGGAAGGUGGUUUGGGUUCCCCGGAAGGUCUGGCGUAUGAUUGGAUACAUAAUAAUUUAUACGUCAGUGACUGGGAACUACAUAAAAUCAUGGUAAUCAACCCAGAAACUGGAGCCAGGAAAACAUUAUUAACUGAUGUACAUCGUGUUCGAGAUUUAGAAGUGGAUCCUAAAACUGGUUGGUUAUAUUGGAUAGCUGGAUGGGAAGAUACAGCUCUGUUAAUGAAGUCAACAUUAGACGGACAGAACCAAGUUGUUAUAUCUUCUGACUUAGAAAGACCAAUGAGUUUAUCUUUAGAUUAUGAUGAACAGAAAUUAUACUGGACUGAAGUAUAUUCUGUAAACCUGAUUAAAAGUAUUCGUGUCAAUGGAGAAGGUCUGACAAUAGUUCAUCGUCCAGGCCUUCAUUAUCAUUUUUCACCAAAGUACAUAACAGUAUCAAGGGAUUAUAUCUACUGGACCCAAGGUUUAACAUUUAGAGUUUUCGGACGUGAAAAAAAUAAUUCUAGAGAAAUUACCAGAUACAGAAACUUAGAAAAGUAUGGUCGAUGGGAUAUUCAGCAAAAUAUCUUUAUGGGUAUUCUUGCCAUCGAUCCAAGAAAACAGACAGAUAGUCCAAGUCUCUGUGGAGAUAAUAAUGGUGGAUGUUCCCAUUUCUGUCUACCUUCGUUGAUACAAUCUAUUCCGCCAUAUAAAUGCGCGUGCCCAGAUGGAAUGAAUUUAAUGGACGACACCUCAACAUGUUCAGAUGAAAUACCGAUUUAACCCUUAUGACGCGAUGAUAUAUAUGUUCGCUUACUUACCAGAAAAUAACAUUAGCCAUGACAUUUCUAAAAAUAAUAAUAAAAGCAAUUUAUAUAGCGGGUGAUUACUAACCAUUUAGUUACGUAUGCGUUUUCAAGUAAGGGUGGGGGGAUGGUCGAAUGGUUAGCGCGUGCGCGUUGUAUCAUAAGGUCUGUCAUUGACUCAAUUGGCGUGGCCUGUCCAACGUGGGGUUUUCUCGGGUCCUCCGGUUUCCUCCCACAGCGAAUUAUUGAAAUAAAAUUGAACCAUAUGUUAGUCCCGAGAAGACCUGGUUUGUGUCGAGUGGACGUUAAACCUUGUCACGUACAAGGGGGAAAUUGAAACCAUGCCACUUGACGCAAUCCUAGACCUAAUGAUUUAACCUUUCGGCCACCCAAGUCACUGGAUCUAUUGUAUAUACAUUUCAUCUUAUUGCCAUAAUUUUUCUAUUGUCACCAAGUCAUGCCUCCAACUCAGUAUCAGUGAAUUCAAGAAAUGGGUGGAAACCCAGGUUUGCGAUAGCACGCGGUUACAUAAUUCACGGACUCAAAAAGGAACUAUUUUAACUUCGUGCAGAAAUCAAAUGUUGAGAAAAAUGGGCAGUCAAAGAAAAGUAACUGAUAGAAUAAUUCAAAAUAAACACUGUUUUGUGGUAGGUUGAUUUGUAAAAGUUGAAGUAAACGAGGAAAUAAUUUGACUUA